AUGAACCCCUUCUGCCUGCCUGUGGGCCGGGGCAAGGCCAGGAACCCUGCUAAAGGGGCAAAGUCUCCUGGGGAGAAGUCCCGCUACGAAACCUCCCUGAACCUCACAACCAAGCGCUUCCUGGAGCUGCUGAGCCAGUCACCCGACGGCGUCGUGGACCUCAACUGGGCAGCUGAGGUCUUGAAGGUGCAGAAGAGGCGCAUCUAUGAUAUCACCAAUGUCCUGGAGGGCAUCCAGCUCAUCACCAAGAAGUCCAAGAACAACAUCCAGUGGCUGUAUGUCCCUGGGCUGGGCUCGUGGGGCUGUGCCUACAUCAACUGCCAGGACCUCCGCAGCGUCGUGGCGCCCUCGGCGCAGAUGAGGGAGCGGCGGGAGCGGCAGGCGGCCGAGCGGCAGCUGGACGACCUGAUCCAGAUGUGCACGGUGCAGCUGCGCCUGCUCACCGAGGACCCCUCCAACCAGCACGCAGCCUACAUCACCUGCCAGGACCUCCGCAGCGUCGUGGACCCCUCGGAGCAAAUGGUGAUGGUGAUCAAAGCCCCCCCGGAGACCCAGCUGCAGGUCUCAGACCCGGCAGAGGCUUUCCAGGUCUCUGUGAGAAGCACUCAGGGCCCCAUCGAUGUCUUCCUUUGCCCCGAGGACAGCUCAGGGGUCUGUAGCCCUGUCAAGAGCCCCUUCAAAGCCCCCAUAGAGGAGUCGUCCCCAUGCCAUUCGCAGCCCAGAGCCUCCCCACUCCUGCAUCCCGCCCAGGACGUGAACAUGUCACUUAUGCCUGGAGACCAAGAGCCGCUGCUGCCGGGGACCAGCGCGCUGCCCAGCAAGGGCCCAGCAGAGGAGGUGAACCUCUCGCCACUGGCCUCCAUGGACGCCUUCCUGGAGCAGAGCAGGGAGGAUUUUUCAGGAUUCUUGGCAGAUGAGUUCAUCAACCUGUCCCCGCCGCAGGCACAGGACUAUCACUUUGGCCUGGAGGAGGGCGAGGGCAUCAGCGAGCUCUUUGACUGUGACUUUGGGGACUUCACACCCUUGGACUUCUGA